AUACUGGGAUAGUCCAUAAGCUUAUCGACAAGAUGGCCGACGGUGUGAAGAAAGAAGUCAUUAAACCUGGGAACGGUCGCACUCCGCACAGAGGAGCUACCAUUACAGUCAAUUGUACUGGAUCGUUAAACACGAACCCACCCAAAAAGUUUUGGAGUACAAAGGAUCCAGGGCAGAAACCAUUUACAUUCCAAGUUGGAUUAGGGAAAGUGAUUGCAGGUUGGGAUGAAGGAUGCAUGACAAUGAGUGAAGGAGAAAUAGCAAAGCUCACUAUUCCUUCCCACAAAGGUUAUGGGGCAUCAGGUUUCUCAUCUUGGGGGAUUCCUCCCAAUGCUGAUCUCCUAUUUGAAAUAGAGAUUUUGUCCAUCAAGUGAUGUAAAGGACUCCCCUUGUUGUUCAAGAGGAAAGGACCAAUGCAGUACAAGCACAACAGACCCUUUAAAUGCAUUGUAACGAGUUAGGUAGAUGUAAGUUAUUGUAUGAGUUUCUUUUUCAAAUAGAAUUAUCAGUGUCAUUAAAAUAAAUGUAACAUUCAGGAACGCAGCACUAACAGGAUUGCAUUAUUAGUUGCACACAAUUAGGAACAAGGAUGGAUCAUUUUUUUUUUAUUUUGUAAGUGAAUUUGUAGUUGUGAUUUAGGUUGGUGUCUAAGGAGACACUGAAAUCUCUAUAGAUAUUAUCAUCUUGUAAUCCUGUAGUAGCAUGACAUGAUUAAUUAAAUCAUCUUUUCUACCGGC